UAAGAUAUGCCGCCUCGAAGACGAGUGCCGGCACCUCCACCACAAGCUCCUUCCGUGCCAGCUUCAAUCCCAAGAGCGAGUGGUGUAACGCUUUCCGUCCAUCCUAUAUGGCCGGAUAUUCAGUUCACACAAGGAGAGCUAUUUUUCGAAUGCACUUUGUUUUUAUAUUCAGUAUUGGCUUUAUUUUUACAAUAUCUGAAUAUAUACAAAACUCUUUGGUGGCUUCCGAAGUCGUAUUGGCAUUAUUCACUUAAAUUCCAUCUCAUAAAUCCAUAUUUCCUGUCAUGUGUUGGCCUUUUACUUGGCUGGAGGGUAACCGUCUGUUUCUGGAAAACGAUAACUGAAGUGAUCGCCACAAUAUCCGCCAACCAGUCGCAGUUUAUUCAGUCGAGCCUGAUGAUUGUAGAAUAUGCAGCAAUUAAAACACCAGUGAUGACACUGAUCAUUACGAGCUUCCUUUUCAGUUUUAAUCGAGUCUGUCACGAUUUUCCGAGUAGAUCUGUGCUUUGGUUUUUAUUUCCAAUCUUAUUCUACGCCUUCAUUUUCCGAUCUGAAAUCAUCGGAUGGCUCGGACGGUUCCGUGAACAAAUUGGAAAAUGGCGACGACGAGAAAUCGAAUUCUCAGAUGUUUGUGAACGUCUUUCGGAGUCACCACCUGCCCAAAUUGAUUUAGAAUCAGUAUUACACAUGUGCAGUGAUAGUCCAGCUCAAAUUCGUGAAGAGAUUCAAGUUCUUAUCGAUGACCUGGUGCUCAGAGUCAAAAAAAGCAUAUUUGCAGGAGUUUCCACAGCGUUUCUCAGUAUUAUGCUUCCAUGCAUUUUCGUGCCCUUCAAAACAAGCCAAGGAAUCCCACAAAAAAUCCUCAUCAACGAGGUAUGGGAAUGUCAACUUGCAAUUGUCGUCGGAUUGACUGCCUUCUCUCUCUACGUGGCAUAUCUAUCUCCUCUAAAUUAUUUGGAUCUUCUACACCGAGCAGCUAUUCAUCUCGGAUCUUGGCAUCAAAUUGAAGGUCCACGAAUUGGCCAUACUGGAAGUAUGAGCUCGGCUCCAACGCCAUGGAGCGAGUUUUGUCUCUAUAAUGACGGAGAGACUGUUCAAAUGCCGGACGGCAGGUGCUAUCGAGCCAAAUCUUCGAAUUCGAUAAGAACUGUGGCCGCACAUCCGGAAAGUUCUCGGCAUAACACUUUCUUUAAAGUGCUCCGAAAACCGAACAAUCUGAUCAAUAUCAUGUGCUCGUUCGAAUUCCUGCUGAUAUUCAUUCAAUUCUGGAUGCUUGUGCUCACCAACGACUGGCAACACAUUGUCACCUUCGUGUUGCUCAUGUUUGCGAAUUACUUGCUCUUCGCCAAGCUUUUCAAAGACAAAAUAAUUCUGAGCCGGAUCUACGAACCUUCUCAAGAGGAUCUUCUCCUUAUGCAUCAACUUCAACAAGAACGAUAAUUGCUCAAUAAUUCUGCCUCUUAAUUAUUAAUUUUCAUUCAAAACUUUGAAACAAAAAAAAAGUCCAUGUAAAUUUCAAAAUAUCAUCAUUCCUUCCCCCCAACAUCUCGGCCCCUUGCCUUUCAAUUCGUGAUGACUGGUUCAUUUUUUAUCUUGUCUCCCAUGGGUUUUGGUUGUGGUACUACCCAAUUGUGAUUUUUCCCUUUUAAUCUGUAUUCUGUGUUCAUGUUUUCCAUUAAUUUUGAAUUGUACUAAAUUAUAAUUGCAUAAUACUUUCGAAUGUA